AUGGCUUUCCACGUGGAAGGACUGAUAGCAAUCAUCCUGUUCUACCUUCUAAUAUUGCUGGUUGGAAUAUGGGCCGCCUGGAGGACCAAGGACAGUGGGAGCGCGGGCGAGCGGAGCGAGGCCAUCAUCGUGGGCGGCAGGGACAUCGGCCUGCUGGUGGGCGGCUUCACCAUGACAGCCACCUGGGUCGGAGGAGGUUACAUCAACGGGACGGCGGAAGCAGUGUACGUACCAGAUUACGGGCUAGCGUGGGCGCAAGCACCAAUUGGAUAUUCUCUUAGCCUGGUUUUAGGUGGUCUGUUUUUUGCAAAACCUAUGCGUUCCCGGGGCUACGUGACCAUGUUAGACCCAUUUCAGCAGAUCUAUGGAAAACGCAUGGGCGGCCUCCUCUUUAUUCCAGCACUGAUGGGGGAGAUGUUCUGGGCGGCAGCUAUCUUCUCGGCCCUAGGCGCCACCAUCAGCGUGAUCAUUGACGUGGACGUGCAUGCCUCUGUCAUCGUCUCCGCGUUCAUCGCCAUUCUCUACACGCUGGUGGGCGGCCUCUACUCCGUGGCCUACACGGACGUCGUGCAGCUCUUCUGUAUUUUCAUAGGACUGUGGAUCAGCGUCCCCUUCGCAUUGUCACAUCCCGCCGUCACCAGCAUUGGGUUCACCUCUACACAUACCAAGUACCAGGCUCCUUGGCUGGGGACCAUCGAAUCGUUUGAAGUCUACACUUGGCUUGAUAGCUUUCUGUUGUUGAUUCUGGGUGGAAUCCCGUGGCAGGCCUACUUCCAGAGGGUCCUCUCUUCCUCCUCAGCCACCUACGCGCAGGUGCUGUCCUUCCUGGCGGCCUUCGGGUGCCUGGUGAUGGCCAUCCCAGCGGUGCUCAUCGGGGCCAUUGGCGCGUCGACAGACUGGAACCAGACUGCGUACGGGGUUCCGGACCCCAAGAGCAAGGAGGAAGCCGACAUGAUCUUGCCGAUCGUCCUGCAGCACCUCUGCCCCGUGUACAUCUCCUUCUUCGGGCUGGGCGCGGUGUCGGCCGCCGUGAUGUCCUCGGCGGAUUCCUCCAUCCUGUCGGCCAGCUCCAUGUUUGCUCGCAACAUCUACCAGCUCUCCUUCAGGCAGAACGCCUCGGACCGGGAGAUCGUGUGGGUCAUGCGCAUCACCGUGUUCGUGUUCGGCGCGUCGGCCACCGCCAUGGCCCUGCUCACCAAGACGGUGUACGGGCUCUGGUACCUGAGCUCCGACCUGGUCUACACCAUCCUGUUCCCGCAGCUGCUGUGCGUGCUGUUCGUCAAGGGCACCAACACGUACGGCGCGGCGGCCGGCUACGCCUCGGGGCUCUUCCUGCGCAUCACGGGCGGGGAGCCCUACCUCUACCUGCAGCCCCUGUUCUUCUACCCCGGCUACUACUCCGACAAGAACGGCAUCUACAACCAGCGGUUCCCCUUCAAAACCCUGGCCAUGGCCAGCUCCUUUCUCACCAACAUCGGCGUCUCCUACCUGGCCAAGUACCUGUUCGAGAGCGGGACCCUGCCCCCCAAGCUGGACGUCCUGGACGCCGUGGUCGCCAGGCACAGCGAGGAGAACAUGGACAAGACCAUGCUGGUCCGAAACGAGAACAUCAAGCUGGACGAGCUGGCGCCCGUGAAGCCGCGGCAGAGCCUGCGGCGCAGCUCCACCUUCACGCACGCCGAGGCCUUUCUGCACGUGGACUCCAGCCCCGAGGGCUCGGGGCCCGAGGACAACCUGCAGUGA